CUACAAUAGAUGACCAGAGACUGCGAACACAAUACAGGAGAUGACCAGAGACUGCGGACACAGUACAGGAGAUGACCAGAGACUGCGGACACAGUACAGGAGAUGACCAGAGACUGCGGACACAGUACAGGAGAUGACCAGAGACUGCGGACACAGUACAGGAGAGGACCAGAGACUGCGGACACAGUACAGGAGAUGACCAGAGACUGCGGACAGACACAGAGAUGACCAGAGACUGCGGACACAGUACAGGAGAUGACCAGAGACUGCGAACACAAUACAGGAGAUGACCAGAGACUGCGGACACAGUACAGG